GGUGGUUUCAGCUGGAACCCCCUGACUAAUAAUCGUCACACAGCUGAUAAGGCGUGACGCAGCUCGUCAUCCAAGUCCGUAGGGUCCGGUUCCUUUGCAGUGUCCAACCUUUCGACCUUACAAACUGACACAAUCAAACACGCCACCAACUAAACCUUUCCUUUCUUUCUUUUCUUCAUCGUCCAUCGAAACAAACAACCACACAUUCCUAUUUCUUUUCAUUAUCCUGCGCUUCUAUGAAGCAUUGAACCUAUUCCUCUGCUGCUAUCAUAACCUCCAAGAUGCAGUUGAACUCUAUCAUUACCGCCGCUGGCCUGGCGGCUUUAUCCAACGCAUUGCUUCUCCCUCCCGAAAUCUCCGAAUCUGACAAGGACAUAAUCAGCACCCUUCCAGUCCCCGUUAGAGUCGGCGCUGCCAUUGCAGCUGUUGAAUCCCAGAACUUGAAGCUCAAGUGUCCCGGUUGUCCCGUUCACAUCCCUCACCAUGGAAAGGUCAAGAUCGUGAACGAUAUCCCGAGCCAUUUGGAGCUGGACUUUGGCAUCGUGGCUUCCGAGAACGCCGAUCGCUUGAUGUUAAAUGGCUUCGAGCUUUUCCCCAACCCGGACCCCUUCCGAAACACCUUGACCGCUGCUGUUCGUCCCGAUGUCCUACAUCGACAAAUGAAGAAGCGGCCUCAUAAAAAAGGCCCUAAGCCUCAGACUCUAGGCUUUGGCUUGCAGACUCGACCCGUUGCCAAGAACGAGGAAGACGCGUUAGAGCUUAUCGAGAUCGAACUUGACAUCAUCGAAGUUGGCGAUGUCUUCGUCGAUGGUAUUCCAAACGUCCAGGUUAAUGUUGUCAAGACGCCUACCGGCAAGUUAAUGCUUGGCGAAAUCAAAACCAUUGACUCCGAGACGGCGCAAAAUAGUCCUAUGGAUAAGCAAGAGGAAUGCACCACUCUACUUUGCAAGUGGAAGGCCGUUAUUAUGCAGAAACUUGCCGGCCUUCGUUUCCACAAAGGAUGUGGUGGUCGCCCUGCUCACGUUAAGGGCCACGACGAAGCCAAGGUUAAUGAUGAAGGCAAGGUAGAGGAACCUCAAGAACCCCACCAUGGUCAUCGCCAAAAGAACUGGGGGUUGUUGUUUAAGAAUAUCGCUUCCCACAUUCUACUACCUGUUGCUGUCGGUAUCUUUGCUGGUAUCACUGCUUGCAUUCUCGGUAUGAUUGCCGGUACAAUCGCCGUCUUCAUCUGGCGUGCGAUCGUCCGCCGUGGUCACACCCGCCGGCACCACCACCGUCACGGCCAUCACCACAAGACUUCUCAUACCGAAGCUGUUGUCAACGAAGAGAAGUCGGGCCUGAUGGCUAACCAGGAAGAAGUCGAUGCUCCGCCCGCCUACGUCGAGGAAGGUGUUGUCGUCAUUGACGACAAGAAGACUGAGAAUGUUAUCUAAGAAAGUGAUACCCCGGCCGUUUUAACGGCAACUCUUAACAGACUCUUGACGGACAUCAACAUCAAGAUUUCUGAGCGAGGACUGAUGGACAGAUUUGUAAUGCCUAUCCGGACUAAGAUAGGUGGAUACGGCUGGCGUUGAAUAUUGCUUGUACAAGGACAAGAAAAUAUUGUACUGGGAGAUGGGAGAUGGGAGAUGGGAGAUGGCAAAUGGCUGGUAUUGACGGAUGAUGUAUUUUGAUUACAUUGGUGGAAUCUCUCUCCUUUCGUCCUUUUUCCUUUGGUUGUAUCGUGUACUUUGGCAAGUAGAAUACCCACGUUCCUUUCAAUUUACAUCUGUAAGAAGUAUUCAUAAUCAAGCUGGUCCCCAUU